CUCAAUCCUAAGCAAAAUAGCGCCAAUAAAAAAUCUGUUGUUUACCAUAAAAGUUAAUUUAUUUAAGCCUUUAUAUAAAGUUAUCGAGAGAAUGUCGAGAGAUAUUAGAUCAUUUUUUAAGAUUGACAGCUCAAAUAAGAGAAAAAAUGAUGAAGAUCCAGCUAGCUCCAAAAAUAAGCAUAACAAAAUCGACGAGGAAAAAUCAGAGCAUAAGAAUAUUAAGAAGAAGAGGAGAAUAAUCGAUUCUGAUGAUGAAAGUGAUUUAAAUCUCAAAAAAUCAACAUCCAAGAAAAUUAAGGAAUCAAAACCUGAAAAGCCGGCAAAUGAAGUUAAAAACAUUAAGGAUCUAUUCGGUGGUCCAAUUAAGAGGAAAGAGAGACAAAAGGAAGUCAAGACAUCGCCAAAAGAGGAUGUAAAUUCAUCAGUAAUAAGUAUAGCUGAUGAAGAUGAAAUGGCAAUUGUUGAUCAAAUUGAGAAUAAGCUGCAUGAAAUAAAAACAAUCAAAUCGCCAGGCAAGGAAAAUCACAAGACAAAUAGAAAGAAGGAAAAAUCUCCAGAACCGAUUAUAAAAACUGUUAAAACCGAUGAAAAGAAGGAACUAGCAGUUAAAGAUCGUGGAAGUGAUUCAAAAAGUAAGGAACCAAAAAUUGAGCAUGAGAAGAAAGAACAGAAGAUGGAGUCAAGCAGUAAGCACCAAAAAUCUGAUUCGAAAGAUAAAGACAGUAAGAUUGAGAUAAGUAGCAAGCCCAAAUCGCCAGAGAAAAGAAUCAAGACAAAAACUCCAGAAAAAAGGUGUAAAGAUAAAGAAGAAAUUAAGGUAAAAGCAGAAUCGAGCAAGUCAUUGUCAGCAUCACAGCCAACAACUUCGAAUAAAUCGUCUGAAGGUACUGUAAAACCCACGAAAUCUGAUGUCAUUCCCAAAUCACCUUCAAAAACAGUACCACGGCCAAUUUCUGCACCACCAUCUUAUUCCUUUGUAGAUAAAUACAAGCCAACGAGUGUCAAGCAGAUUAUUGGGCAGCAAGGGCCACAAAGUAAUGCCAACAAAUUACAGAAUUGGCUACUCCAUUGGCAUCGAAAUCAUGGAGAUCCAACAAAGAAAAAUAAAAAAUCAAAUCCAUUUUCUAGAGAUAAUGAUGGCAGUUCCUUUAGAGCUGCUUUACUGUCUGGUGGACCAGGAAUUGGAAAAACAACAACAGCUCAUUUAGUCUGCAAGGAACUACUUUUUGAUGUUGUCGAAUUUAAUGCAUCAGAUACAAGAAGUAAGAGAUUAUUGAAAGAGGAAGUAACUCAACUAUUGUCAAAUAAGUCACUUAAAGGUUAUUUAACUGGCGAUGAUAAGACUGUAUCCAAAAGGCAUGUAUUAAUUAUGGAUGAAGUUGAUGGAAUGGCUGGAAAUGAAGAUCGUGGCGGAGUUGCUGAAUUAAUUACAUUAAUUAAGGAAUCACAUAUUCCAAUAAUCUGUAUGUGUAAUGAUCGUGGACAUCCAAAAAUGCGGUCACUAGUAAAUUAUUGCUUUGAUCUUAGAUUCAAUAAGCCGUCAGUCAAUCAAAUUCGAAGCGCCAUGAUGAGUGUUUGCUUUAAGGAAGGAAUCAAGCUCGAUGCAGGAGCUAUGGAUGCGAUUAUAAAUGGAACUGGAAAUGAUGUUAGACAGACAUUGAAUCAUUUAGCAAUGUACAGUGCAUCAAAGGAUACGAAAUUGAAUGCUGACAAAGCUAAAAAGAAUGCUCAGAUGUCUGAGAAGGACAUUAAAAUUGGUCCAUGGGAUGUUAUUCGUAAAGUCUUCUCAGCAGAAGAACACAAAACGAUGUCGUUGAAUGAUAAAAGUGAUUUAUUCUUUUAUGAUUACAAUAUAGCACCGCUGUUUGUUCAGGAAAAUUAUUUGCAUGUUAAGCCAAAUUGUAAGGAUUCUGAAAUUUUGGAUCGAAUUGCUAAGACAGCUGACUCGAUAAGUCUUGGAGAUACAGUUGAUAAGAGAAUCAGGUCUAAUAUGGCAUGGUCUUUACUUCCAACACAAGCAAUGUUUGCAUCAGUAAUUCCAGGCGAAUUAAUGGAAGGACAUUUUAAUUUACCACCAGUUUUUCCAACUUGGCUAGGAAAGAAUUCAAAAGCACAGAAGCGCAAGAGAAUGGCUCAAGAAAUUCACGACCAUACAAGAACAGCUACAUCUGGAUCUCGAUCAUCAGUCCGUUUAGAUUAUGCUCAAUUUAUAGUUCAAGCUAUUGUUAGACCAUUAAAAGAUAAAGGCUCAGAAGGAGUCAAAGAUGCAUUGGAAGUUAUUAAGGAAUAUCGUCUAUUACGUGAAGACAUUGAAUCACUAUUGGAAUUAACAUCUUGGGGAUUAUCAAAAAAUCCAUGGGAACAAAUUGAUAGCAAGACAAAAGCAGCACUUACUCGAGCAUACAAUAAGGAAGUCCAAGCAUAUUCUUAUUCAGCACAAGCAGGUGUCAAAAAGAAGAAAGGUUCAGGUGGAAGUGAUGAAAUGUACGGCGAUGAAGAUGAUGAGAAUGUCCAACAAUCUGAGGACGAUGAAGACGAGUCGCUAGAAAAAAAUUCCAUGAUUAAAGUCAAAAAAGCCACUACAAAGCAGGAGAAGGAAACAAAAGCAGGGUCAUCAAAAAGUACGGCAGCUAAAUCAAAGCCAGCGACUAAACCAAGAGCCAAGAAAUAAAUUUUGUGUUUUUUUUUCCUUUAUGCUUAAUUUUCUUAUAAAUUCUAAAGUUCAAAUAAACAAUAAAAUUCUUCAGUUUCUUAAGUAUUACAUUCCUUACAUCCUUCUCAGAAUUGUGCAACAAUAAU